AAAGCUCUAAGAAAGCAGUAGACGAUAAAUGCAAUCUUCUGCUGAGAAAGAAGCGGGGAGAGAUGUGUUGAGACGCUUCCUUCCUUAAUCGCUCAGGUUAGACUGGCGCUGUGUCUUCCUCUCGCUGUGAAACCACCGACUUCUUUCCAUUGAUGGAGAGCGACGCCCUUCGUUUAUGACUAUUUUGAUUUAGUUUUCAUCUUGCUUUUUUUGGGUUCGGAUUUUUUGUUUGUGCGUUUCUCGCUAGUGUGUGUUGUUCUCCUUGUAAAAAAGCGAGCUUUUUCUUUUUGGCAUUCCUCUUCUCCAGCUUAUCUCUCAACAUUGAAAUGUCCUUCGUUUAUCAUAUUCCUCUGUUCUGAGAAGAAGAAGAAAAAGAAUAAGCAGUACAAGAAGAAGCUGCAGCAAGAGGAGGAGAAGAAGAAGAAUGAGAAAAAGUUGAAGCAGAAAAAGACGAAGAAAAAGAGGAAGAAGAACUUAGAAGAAGAUGAAGAAGAAGGGGAAGAAUAAGGAGAAGUAGAAAGAGGGGAAGGGCAUAAGAAGAAGAAGAAGUAGAUUAAAAAAAAAAAAAGCCCUCUUUUAGCGUCUAUGGCCGAAACAGCCGACGAAUUAUCAUCAUCAUCUGCGACUUCCUCCCAUCUACUCAGUCUCAUGUCGAUGUCUCCGACGACGAUAACCUCCCCCUACGCUCCAUUUUUCCGCAACCUGAACGCCGACGAGCGAGGUCUCUUUCUCAUCCAUCUCCUCCUCAACUGCGCCACCCACGUCGCCGCCGGUAAUAUUGCCCAAGCCAACACCUUUCUCGAGCACAUCUCUCUCCUUUCAUCCCCAGACGGCGACAACAUGCAACGCAUCGCCUCCUACUUUACCGAAGCCCUCGCCACCCGUCUCCUCCGUUCAUGGCCCGGCCUCUACCGCGCCCUCAACCCUAUACUUCCCGAAUCCGCCGCCGCGUCUAACCACGGCCGCCGCCUCUUCGUUGACCUCUUUCCUUUCCUCCGCCUCUCCUUCCUUAUCUCCAACCAAGCCAUUUUAGAAGCGAUGGAAGGGGAGAAAGUCGUCCACGUCAUCGACCUCGGCGGCUCUGACCCUUCCCAUUGGCUCGCUUUUCUCCAGGCAGUUUCCGGUCGGCCGGAAGGCCCGCCCCACCUCCGCAUCACAACCGUCGGCGAGGAUAGAGACUUCCUAGCACAAACCGCCUUAGUCCUCACAGAAGAAGCAGAGAAGCUCGACAUUCCCUUCCAAUUCCACGCUGUAGUUUCCCAGCUCGAAGGCCUUAAUAUCGAAAGCCUCCAUGUUAAGACCGGCGAAGCUCUCGCCAUUACCUCUGUUCUCAAACUCCACUCUCUCUUGGCCUCCGACGAAGCUACUGCCACCCCAAGACAGCUUUUUUCUCCUAUAGCCAAAAUAGAGAGCUUUCUAGCUUCACUGCGGGGGCUUUCGCCCAAGCUCAUGGUGGUAACUGAGCAAGAAUCAAACCACAACGGAGCCAAUUUGAAUGAGAGAUUCAUGGAAGCAUUGAACUUUUAUGCUGCACUGUUUGAUUGCUUGGAGUUGUCAGUGCCACGGCAGUCUGCGGAGCGGUUGAAAGUGGAGAAACUGGUCUUUAGAGAGGAGAUCAAGAACAUUAUAGCCUGUGAGGGAUUGGAGAGGAAGGAGAGGCAUGAGAAGCUUGAUAAGUGGAUGAGGAGGCUUGAAAUGGCUGGAUUUGGGAGAGUGAGUUUGAGCUACAAUGGAUUGGUUCAAGCAAGAAGAAUGUUGCAGGGGUUUGGUUGUGAAGGAUAUAAGGUAAAGGAGGAGAAUGGGUGCUUUCUUUUUUGUUGGCAGGAAAGAGCUUUGUUCUCUAUUUCUGCUUGGAGAUUUAGAAGGUAUGAUUAACUUCUGUUUAUGUUGAUUGCUGGUUUUGAUGAUGAUUAUGAACAUUUGGCUAUGUAUUAACAAACAUAUUUCUGUAAAGUUGGAGUUUUUUUUU